UGUGAGGAGAACAUGCGUGGUGUGCGUUUUGAUGUGCACGAUGUCACCUUGCACGCUGAUGCCAUCCACCGUGGAGGUGGGCAGAUCAUUCCAACUGCCAGGAGAUGCCUGUACGCCUGUGUGCUCACCGCUCAGCCCAGGCUCAUGGAGCCCAUCUACCUUGUGGAGAUCCAGUGCCCAGAGCAGGUGGUGGGUGGCAUCUACGGUGUGCUGAACAGGAAACGUGGCCACGUGUUUGAGGAGACCCAGGUGGCUGGCACCCCCAUGUUCGUGGUCAAGGCGUACCUGCCCGUCAACGAGUCCUUUGGUUUCACACUGAAUUUGAGGCCCAACUCAGGGGGCCAGGUCUUCCCCCAGUGUGUCUUUGACCACUGGCAGAUCCUGCUGGGGAAUCCUUUUGACAGCGCCAGCUGCCCCUGCACUGUGGUGAAUGAGACCUGCAAACACAAAGAACUGAAGGAAGGCAUCCCUGCUCUCGACAACUUCCUUGACAAACUCUGA